GGAGGCAGCAGGACGGGACUGCGGUGAUAAACAAACACACGCAGCAGACUCGCUGGGAUCGUGUCGGGCUCUGUUGCGGCUCUUUGGCAGCUCCGGCUGACUUCCAGGAAAGCGGACCCUCUCCACGGACCGAGCUUUUACACCCAAACCCGGGUUAUUAAUCCAGGACUUUAUCUGAAAACCCCGGGACUAGUGUGGGCUCGUGCCUCCCUCCCUCCUUCCCCCGGAGUCGGCUUAUGUGACACAUUAACGUCCCGGCAGCGACACGAGCGAGACAUGACGGAGCUGAGGAAGCGAGGCGGAGGCGGAGGAGACCCUGACAGCACCGAGAAUAUCAGCGACAAGGAGGCGGAUGGCGAUGACAGGCUGGGCUUGCCAGUCGACGCAGAGGGAGAGGGUGACGGUGACUCCAAAGCAGACACUCCAGAUGUUCCUCCCUCCACAGCAGACACAGACAACACUCCACAAUGUUUGAACAAAGCUCUGGAGGGCCUGCCGCCCAGAUGGAAGAACUACUGGAUACGAGGAGUUCUGUCUUUAGCCAUGAUUUCGGGCUUCUUCCUCAUCAUCUAUAUGGGACCUGUCACUCUUAUAUUAGUGGUCAUGACUGUCCAAAUCAAGUGUUUCCAGGAAAUCAUCACCAUCGGCUACAGAGUUUACAAAUCCUAUGAGCUGCCUUGGUUCAGGACACUAAGCUGGUACUUCCUGAUUUGCGUCAACUACUUCUUCUAUGGUGAAACUGUUGCGGAUUACUUCGGGGCUCUGGUGCAGAGGGAGGAACCUCUGCAGUUCCUGGCUCGCUAUCACCGCUUCAUCUCCUUCGCUUUGUACCUCGCAGGUUUCUGCAUGUUUGUGCUGAGUUUAGUGAAGAAACAUUACCGCCUGCAGUUUUAUAUGUUUGCUUGGACCCAUGUGACCCUGUUGAUUGUGGUAACUCAGUCCCACCUUGUCAUUCAGAACCUGUUUGAAGGAAUGAUCUGGUUCAUUGUCCCGAUCUCCAUUGUGAUCUGCAAUGACAUCAUGGCCUAUCUCUUUGGAUUCUUCUUUGGGAGGACUCCGCUCAUCAAGCUCUCGCCCAAGAAGACCUGGGAGGGCUUCAUCGGAGGGUUCUUCUCCACAGUGGUCUUUGGCUUCAUCCUGGCCUACCUACUGUCUCGGUUCCAGUAUUUCGUGUGUCCCGUGGGCUUCAACAGUGAGACCAAUGGGUUUACAGUUGAAUGUGAGCCCUCUGAUAUCUUCGUGAUGCAGGAGUACACUCUGCCAGCUGUGCUACAAAACACACUGGGAUGGAAAACGGUGAACUUGUACCCCUUCCAGAUCCACAGCAUCUUCCUCUCGUCCUUCGCCUCUCUCAUCGGGCCUUUCGGCGGCUUCUUUGCCAGCGGCUUCAAGCGAGCCUUCAAAAUCAAAGACUUUGCCAACACCAUCCCCGGCCACGGCGGCAUCAUGGAUCGAUUCGACUGUCAGUACCUGAUGGCCACCUUCACACAUGUCUACAUAGCUAGCUUCAUCAGGGGACCGAACCCGAGCAAGGUGCUGCAGCAGCUGUUGAUGCUUCAGCCUGAACAGCAGCUCAGCAUUUUCCACACUCUGCACUCCCACCUGAGAGAGAGGGGCAUGCUCCCCCCAGCUGCUGCCGCCCAGGCUUGAUGAAAGACUGGCCAGCUUCACGGGGCGACGGCUGGAGAGUGUGUGUGUGAUGGUUUGGAAAGUUUGUGUAAGCAUGUACACACACUCACACACCUACACAGACACACACACUCUUAGGUAUGGCUGUAUGGUGUGUGAUUCCAGGCCUCUCUCAGAGCGUCCGUCAUCAUCAUCCUGCCGACUCUUCAUUCAACUUCCAACCAGCUCAAAAUCACGACUUUGAACCUGAGGUGACUCUCCAGACUACGUGGAAUAACCUCGUAGGAUAAAAAACAACACAACAACAAAAAAAUUGCUUUCCACUUGGACCGGCACAUAAACUACGACACACUUCACGAGCGAACAGGCAGUCCCCAUCCUAGAAACUCACAGACUGAAGAUAAAAUGUCUUAUCGAACAAAACUGACUCUGAAGCACACGGCUCUCUCAGCGCAGGUGGAUGGUGGAUGUGCAGUUUCCCCGUGGAUGGCAAACAUUGCACUGACUAGCAGAACAAACGGAUUUAAGGAGCUUCUACCAGCAUAAACUGGGCCCAAAGUGUCGGGCACGUGGACCUGAGCUACAGCAAACAGACUGUUGAGACUUGUCUUUCUGGGUUUGGGUGUGGGCGAAGCGAUGAUGCAGCAGGGUUGUCAGAAUACUGUAGACACUGUUUUAUAUACUAUGCUCUAUUUAAUGGUCCUAACCUCACAGCGUAACAAAACAUGUAGCAUGUACGCAAGUCCUGUCUCGGGCUUCUGCUAAACUAAGCCAUGUUUAUUCUCUUCUUCCACAGCGUGAACUUUUAGCUUUUAGGUUUCUGUCUGAAUCUAAAUAACUCGCACAAUAAGAGUCAACACAGUUUGACCGUAGGCAUGUUAACGCAGAAACUAGAGCAUCAGCACUCAAGUUAAUGUAUUGUACAUAAAUAUACUGAAGAUAUUUAGCUGAACAGAUACCUAAUACGUACUAUAACUACUUGUGUGACCUGCUGGGGAAAAAGAAAAACACUUUUAAGCUAUGAGAAAUGAUAUGCAAAAAUAGAGAUGUAACUCAUUUGUAGCCUUUAGCAUGAACAAAUUAGAUUUUUAUGAGGUAGGGGUGUAGGUUUGAUCUGAGGUUGCUGCUUAUUUAAAAGGUGUGCUGGGUGAACCUUUACCAGAGAUUGGAAAAAGAAUUUUAAAGGAACAGUUUGACGUUUGGAAAAUACGCUUAUUCUUUCCCGCGCUGUGAGGUGAAUAGCAUGAAGACUGGAAGCAGGGGGCAACCAAAAUCUAAAAUCUGCCUACCAACACCUGAAAGCUCACUAAUCAACCGUUCUGCAAAGCAGCUAAUGGUUAUAAUCCCAACUUUAGUUUUCUAACCUCAUCUCCCUGAGUCCUGGUGGGAUCAGAGAGUACAAUUGCGUCACUAUGGGAAUUCAGAAAUGUAAGAAUCAGUCAAUCCCUUUUCCAGAAUCGUUGUAGCUGUAAAUUUUGCCUCCAUUUAAUACUAGAUUUCCAUCGUGGAGAAGGGCUGGGUAUCGUCUAAAAAAAUGUCAAUACCAGCCAUACGUGUGAACGUUCUGCCGGCAUCUGAGCAGCUGAUGUGGGAGUGUGAGCUCCGUGCUUCAGACAGUUCUGAGAGUCUGCCCGGCCGUGCACACACACAGUGACGGAGCUAACUGUUAGCAUUACACGGCUCAAAACAAAGGAAUACUUUGCACAUCAAUAAAACAUGUAGAAAAGACUCCCGCACACUGUCUAACUUGCAAAAAGAAUGAUUUUAAUGCUGCAACGUUUCGGUGACUGGACUCUUUGCCUGAUGAAGGUCUCGUCACUGAAACGUUGCAGCAUUAAAAUCAUUAUUUUUGCAAGUUAGACAGUGUGCAGGAGUCUUUCCUACAAGCAUGACACGGCUAACUUAACUUAAUCGUUAUUAACGGGAUUAACGACAGAGUGGAGCUGCUUUAAUGUCAGUGUGAGGUUUUUGUCACAGUUUAAUGUUAGCCGUUGCUUCUGUGUUAGCAAGUACUAAUCGGGCAGACGGUGAACUGUUUGUCAGGAGAAGAGCAGCUCCAGAGAUGGCAGCAACAGAAAGUUUGCUGAUCUGAUCGGGAGUGUGGAAAGUCCAGACUCAGACCAGGUGCACCAAAAAGCAUCGAAUGCAGGCAUUGUUUAAUUGGAGACGUUUAAAUACUACUCGAUAUCGGACUUUUCAGUCAGUACCUCAAAGGUAUCAUUUACAGAUAUCCAGCCCUACUUUGGACGUUAGCUUUUUGGGGUCAAGCUUUAACCCUUGUGCCCCCUUUAGACCAUGAUUUGGUCAUUUAAGUUGUAUUUUCUGCAAUCAUUUUGGCUGUGAGUUGUGUUAAACCAUCUUUCUCCACCGUUGAAUCCCCUUUGACCAAAAUAUGGCAGAUUGACUUCCAUUAAAACCAAAUUCUUUUCAACUGCCUCAAAACGAAAGUUAACUAAGUUGAACUUUAGCUGCAAAACAUGGAAAUUUAGCGUAGCAUACAGAUGUGGCUCGCAUAGCCGCAUGGGAGCGCACAGAGAUCUCUCCACUGGAAAUCACGACCUUGCUGUGCACAAUAUUGAACUCGUGCUCUGUAAAUUUGCCAGCAUAGACUUUAUAAAAGACGUGGAACCAGCCACUAAGACAUCACCGUUUGCUUCGAGUUUGGCAUUGUAGCCAUCAUCUUGGUUUUGUCGGAGCCAGAAACGACCAUAUUUAGAUGACGUGGUAGAGCUUUGGAGGAUGCGCAUUUCUGAGCCUCUAUCCUGAUUGACAGGUUGCUGUGGUAGCAACUUGUCAGUCAUAAGGUUGUCCCGUCCUAUAGCACACCAUGUUUUAUCGUCUAUUUUAUUCUAAGUGGGACCAUAAUUUACAAAACGAACAUCAUGCUGUGUUGAAGAAGACUUGAAACAAGUGGUUGAGACCAUAACCUCAGUAGGAAAAUGUUCACUGAGGGAAUAAAUCAAGUGAGAAGUUGGGUCAUUUCCCCAAAGACGUCCAUGCAGUCAGUGGAGUCACCCCCUGCUGGCCGUUAGAAAGAAUGCAGGUUUUAGACAUUCCUGCAUUGGCUUCAUGUUUCAGACCCACAGAUAACCCCCAUUUUUGUUUGCGUACUGAUUCAACAAACGAGACACGUGUUGAUUUGUGAGCUUUCUAAGUUUAAAGAAAGGCAGUGGCGCUUCUUCCCGCUGCUUCCAGUCACACUCACAAGAUACUAAUCUUCUAAUUUAACUCUAAAAAGAAAGAGAAUAAGCGCAUUUCCAUUAAUUGUGAACUUUUCCUUGAAAAUAAAUACUGAGCUUCCUUUAUCGAUUUAACCAAUGAUUUUAGUUGCACUGUAGCGGUUGGGGUCGGGUGGGGUCAACGCAUCAGACCCUCCGAAGGUUCCCGCAUCCUCGGACUCAAUGUUUGUUAAACUGUUGAAAAAAAAUCUUGCUAUUUUAAAGUCUUCUUAUGCAUUAAAUCACUGUUAAAUUAUUACGUUUUGAAUGUAGUUUUUAAGACGAGGUGUUAUCAAUGAUAACAUGAGAUGUGAGUACAUUGGGAGCCGAUGUAAUGUACAACGUGUGUGUGUAUGUACAGUUCUGUAUUUACACACACUGUAUAUUUCAGUAUAUAAAACAUAUUUUGGGCGGUGGUUUUAUUAGCAAUACCCUCUGCAGGUUGCAGUUUCUUAGAACAUGGGUUGGAUAAUUUAACUCUACAGGAAAUCUGUGGCAUUUGUGAUGAAUCACACGUUCACCAGUGUGAUGAAUACGACGUGUUACGAGGCACCAGAUGUGUCCGACGAGAUUCUCUGAUUGAAUCCAGACCUUCUCAGAGAGAGAAAUGUUUACCAAAGCACUGUCUGAUUAACACUGAUUUCCUUCCGUUAUUGAAAAAGCUCCAGAGCCCAGAUCCAAACUGUCGUCUCCUUCCGACAUCCUCUCUUUGUUCUGAAACAUGACAAAAGGAGGAGAGUUUGGAGCUGGGCUGCGGACUGGAGCGCUAACAUUUGCAUCUGAGGCCUGUGCAAUGGGUGUCACUCUGUUCCUUCAGUUGGACGAAGAGGAUGUUAUAAUUUAUUGUUCUGUUCAUGUUUUCCUCCAUAGAAGUGCAUUUUAGGGUGUUUUCCCCCUCAUGAAGUGAUCGGGGGUGUCGGGUGGACUCUUGGGACCAGCUGUAUUGUACUGUAUAAAUCUCUAACUAAAGCUCUCUGUGGGAAAACACACACUACUGCUUUACAGGCUUUACUGUGUCCAACCUUACAUACUGAACGAGAUGACACAGAGCACGUGGACGGUGUUCACGCAAAAGCAAUCUGACCAAAAAUCAACACAAACAGCAGAUGGUCACAAUAUUUAGAGUUUAUUUAAGCUGUUUUAUACGGAGUCUGGAGUGUGCCACCUGAAUAAUAAUCAUAAAAACUGUGAUUUACAAAGUUUACAUUUUAAUAAUGCUACUUCAAAAACUUAGUAAAGUAAGUAAAAAGUAAUCAUCUACUGUCUCAAUUAAUGAUUCAGUUUCUUUGUGUUUAAAUUAAUGAAUGAGCUAAAAAAACAAAGGCGGAAAUAUUUUAUUAUUCAGCUCAUUAACUCUUCUGCUUUUAUUAAUUAGAUUUCAUUUAAAUAUCACUUAAAUUGUAUUUAAAAUUAAAUCAUUUUUAUCAGUCAGUUUAUUGUUUUAGUCUUGGAAAUGUGAACAAAUCCUCACAUUCGAGAUGAGUUAUUGAUGGAUAAAUUACUCGAUCAGUUGAUAAUAAAAAUAGCUGCUGAUAAUCAAUUAAUUGACUUGUUUCAGCUCUAAUCAAGGCUGCUUAACGGCAGAGCCUACUGUGUAGCCGAAGCAAGUUGUGAGCAUUUAUACUUGUGCAAUGGUGUGUCUGUGACGCUCUGCAGUUACAUCUCCACACUAGUUAGCAGUGAGGUUUCUAUGCCACUGUGUUAAGCUUCUGUACAGUGCAGUAAAGUCUGAUUGAUUCAACUUAAACACAUUAAACACCCAUUAAAUAUGGCUUAAUGGUGACAAUAUUAAGUAAAAGUACACAAAUCAGCUUCACUAUAACUCGCAGCAUUCACAGACAAAGCACUUGUCUUUUGCUAGAGAUGUUUUCCCCACAAGUACAACAUGCUAAUGUUGUUAGUAUAAGUCUAUGACAUGUUACAUAGCAUAAAUUAGCCUGGUGGCUACCGGAAGUUUCCUCUACUCAUAUGAAGGAACAACAGCAACAUUUAACAAAGAUAAUGUCAUAACCCACAAAUACAACAUGCUAAUGUUGUUAGCAUACGCCAAUGAUAUUUUGAGGGUUCCCACACAUUGUCAUGGACAAAAUUACCCAUAAUAUUGUGUAAUUUUUUUCUUGCCCCAUUUAUGCAGCACUUUUAAACUCAUCAGAUCCAAACUCUAUUCAAACAGUUUCAGUUAGCUUGCAUACAUGAAGGGAGAGAUAAGACAUAGUGGGAAAACGUUACACAAAAUAAAUUCACGUUACUUAGACGUUAUUGUGACGAUUUCAUUACAAGCAACAAAAUUCCAUUGCUUUUCCAAAACUUUGAAUGAUUUUUACCAAGUCCAUGACUUUUCCAAGUCUGGAAAAUGUGAAUGUGAAAUUCCAUGACUUUGCCAGAUUUUCCAUGACUGUGGGAACCCUGUAUUUUACAUUGUAUAAAUUAGCCUAGCAGCUAGCAGACUUUUCCUCUACUCAUAUGAAGCCAGGGACAACAGCAACAUUUAACAAAGGUAACGUUACAAAAUUUGGCUCUAUUACAACUCACAAAGUUCACUGACAAAACAACUGCCUUAUACUAAAUACGUUUUCCAAACAAAUACAACAUGCUAUCAUUAUUAGCACAAGCCUAUGGCAUUUUACAUUGUAUAAAUUAGCCUAGCAGCUAGCAGACUUUUCCUCUUCUCAUAUGGAGUCAGGGACAACAGCAACAUUUAACAAAGGUAACGUUACAAAAUUCAGCUUCAUUACAACUCACAAGGUUCACUGACGAAACAACUGUCUUAUACUAAACACGUUUUCCAAACAAAUACAACAUGCUAACGUUAUUAGCACAAGCCUACAACAUUUCCUGUUGCGUAAAUUAGCUUAGCAGCUAGCGGACUUUUCCUCUGCUCAUAUGAAGCCAGGAUAAAUCACACACAAGACUUAAAAUGCUAUUUUGCGGAGGCUUUAUUGUCUUCACAAUUUAUUCCCCCUUGUCUUAAAGUAAAUUAAAGCUAUAUUUUGACUGAGGGAAGUGGUUUACAGUUUACAAAAACAUUUAGGAGAUCUGUGUUGCUGCGAUGUGUAGACAUUUCUGGGGAGGUGCACGUCAGGCACUGAAGGUAGGACGUAGUUUCAGCACAGACGUAUGAAUGACGCUGUAUAGAUGACACCUACAUGAACUUUGUAAUUGUAAGUAGUUGCAAAUCCAUUUAUAAAUUCAUUUAUUCUCAAAGGACAAAAAUCGAACUAUUAAUUGGUGAAUGUUGAAACUUUUUUUAUUGAUGGUUUUUUGCAACUACGCCUCAAUCAUGUGUAAAUUUAAUUAUUUAUCCAGUGUCACUUAAACGCAGCAGUUCAUUAUUAUAAUAAGAAGUCUAUUAUUCUCUUGGCACACUCGAGACGUAGUUUCACAGUUUAAAUUAGAUCAAAGUUGUUGUGUGAAAUAAUUUAUAUUUUUAUUCACAUUAUGAAGGUGAGACACUUGUGGUACACAGACAUAAAGGUAGGAAAGAUAAAGUUAGUUUUAUUAGCCCAAAUGUCAGGUUAUGAUGCACUGCAGAUGUUUGGUUGCUUGUCUUUAUAAUUUAUCAUUUCGUGUAUAUUUUGUUUGAUUUGCUUCUGAGCAGAAAUGUUUUCUAAUGAAAAUCUGUAGCUUUUGGAGUGGAUAAGAUUUAAACACCGACACUGAGGACGUAUGCUGUUGAUAAUAGGGGCGAUACAGAGUCAUGUAUAAACCACAUAUUGAUACCUUGUUAGGGAUAUUGUGAAGCUGUUUACUGUACGGAGGUGAAUAAAGGUUUUCUUUUUCUUUAAAA